CUCCCAGUUCCGAAGUGAGGGGAAAACUCCGCCUUCCCCAGUUCAGACCCUCCGAUUCCUCCUGGGGGGCCGGGAGCCUCCGCGUCCUUCUCGCCUCUCUUUGCGGGCGCUUGUGGGGCGGCAUCCAUGGCUUUGGCUGGGCUCCCCCUGGUGCUGCUGGUGGGGGCGCUGGGCCGGAUCCCUGGAAGCGAAGGGGGGAAGGAGACCCCCGCCCAUUUCCUGUACCAGACGAAGAACGAGUGCCUCUUCCUCAACGGGACACAACGGGUGCGGUUUCUGAAUCGGUACAUCUACGACCGGCAGGAAUACGUCCGCUUCGAGAGCGACCUCGGGAAACACGUGGCCGUCACGGCGUUGGGGGAGGCGGAUGUGGAGGCAAUGAACAGCGACAAGCAGUGGAUGCAGUACCAGAAGGCCACUGUGGAUAGUUUCUGCCUAUACAACUACGACGCAUUGAACUACGAGGCGGCCAAGAGGGAGGAGCGAACGAUCGGACGGACAG